CGGUACGAUUAAGCACAAUAUAGACUAGAGGUUAUGGUAAAGGAUAGUGCAGUGUUUAUGGUAGAGGAUAGUUAAGAGGGUGGGGCAGAAGGUAAGGUUGUAGGUUAUGAUAGAGCUUAGGAUAGACGGUUGGAAUAGAGGGCAAAGUAGACAGUAAGGUAGAGGCUAGAGAGUAGUGUGAAGAAUUGAGAUCAGAUUAGAUGAGCUGUGGUUCCUUUUUGAGAUACCUUUAGGAAUUCACAAGUGUUUUCGUACAGCUCUACGUCUUAGUCCGUCGUUCCUGUUGUGUUGGAAUUUUGCAGCCUUUGCAGGAUGUCUACGCAUAGGAAAAACACACUCGUCGUCGACUUUAGUGUCCUGCCACGACGACCUGUACUGGACCAGAUUGAGGAAUUCCUCAAGGACGACUUAAAACUCGACCUGGCCGACGUCAAGAACAUCCAAAUACACAAUAUCAAAAACUGUGUGUAUAUUGAGAUGAAUGACGCUGGCGUAGCACCACGAUUACAAAAGCAACAUCAUCUCCAACAUUACUACAUCCACGAAGGAAAAACGUAUUACAUCCCAGUCUACGUGGAUGGCCCCACGACCACCGUGAAGAUCCACGACCUUUCACCGCAAAUGUCGAACGAUAUCAUCGUGCGCCACAUGCAGCAGUACGGUAAAGUCAUCUCCAUCGAAAAUGAUGUAUGGAAAAAUUUCUUACCUGGGAUUCCAAACGGCGUCAGAGUUCUUCGAAUGAGACUGGAGAAGACGUUACCGUCUCGCAUUGUGGUUAACGGUAAAAGCACAUACGUAACGUACCCGAAACUAAACACACAAUCAUCAAGCAAGCCAACACUACUCUCCAACUCUGCUGAAAAGCAAAACCGCAUUGGUGAUAAACAAUGCAAAAUUGUUGAUCACCCAUCGGUUGCGACUCUCACCGACACAAGUGACGAUGACAACGACGGCGGCGGCGGCGGCGGCGAUGAAGGUGAUGAUAAUAGGUACAACGAUACCGAUGAGCACGAUAUUGAAACCGUUGAAACUGAAGGGGAGCCUGAGACUGCGAAGAGACGGUUGUCAACUGAAACGGACAAUGGUAGAAGAGAAGAGAGCGUCGCAAAACGAUCUUGCAACGAGGAUGGACAAAACGCUGAAUUGGAAUGGAAGGUUUAUCAAACUAGAUCGAGGAAGAAACAAACCAUGUAAAUCGAUUAAUAUUAUAUUGUUUUGAUGUUUUUUUUAUCGACACGAAUGCACCAUAACGGUGUAAAGUGUCGUGAAUAAAUCA